AUGCCAGCCAACCAGAGCUCUCCCAAGUGGUCCCUGGCCCUGACUGCAGGAGGAAGAGACAACUCCUGUGAGGUCUCUGUGUCACUCGAGGAUGUGACUGUGGACUUCAGCAGGGAGGAGUGGCAGCAGUUGAACUCUACUCAGAGACGCCUGUACCAGGAGGUGAUGCUGGAGAACUACAGCCACCUGCUCUCAGUGGGGUAUGAAGUUCCCAAACCAGAGGUCAUCUUCAAGUUGGAGCAAGGAGAGGAGCCCUGGAUAUUGGAGGGAGAAACCCCACAUCAGAGUUGUUCAGAUGGGAAGUUUGGGAUUAAGACUUCACAAAAAAGAAUUUCUGGGAAAGCUUCCUUUCAUAGUGAAAUGGAGGGUGAAGAUAUAAGAGAUGAUUCAUUGUAUUCCAUUUUAGAACUCUGGCAAGAUGCUGAACAGAUAAAAAGAUAUCAGGAAACACCAAACAAACCUGUGAGUCAUGCUACAUUCGUAAAUAAGAAAAUAAUGAAUACGGAGUGGCAUUAUGAACAUAAAGACAGCAGAAAACUUGUUCAUCCAAGCCCAAAUCAUAUUAUUACCUCACAGAAAAGACCCCAUAAAUGUGACUCAUUUGAAAAGGGUUUUAAGCAUAAUUUAGAUUUAUAUAUUCAUUCUAAAAACAAAGCAACAAAGAACUUUGAUAAAAUUAUUAGACACAGUCAAAAUUUCACCCAGGGUUCUUUUACUAACCAUGAAAAUAUGCAUACAGGAGUGAAAUUUUGUGAAUGUAAUCAGUGUGGAAAAGUCCUCAACCUCAAACAAGCACUCAGUCACAAUCUGAAGUUUCCUGUUGGGGAAAAAGCAAAUAUGUGUACUGAAUUUAGGAAGAUAUUCACUCAGAAGUCACACCUCUUUGCAUCUCAGAGAAUUCAUACUAUGGAAAAACCUCAUGAACUUUGCAAAUGUGUAAAUGUUUUUACACAAAAGCCAUUACUCAGUAUAUAUUUGAGAGUUCAUAGAAAUGAAAAACUGUAUGUAUGUACUGAAUGUGGGAAGGCUUUCAUCCAGAAUUCAGAAUUAAUUAUGCAUGAGAAAACUCAUACUAGAGAAAAACCCUAUACGUGCAGUGAAUGUGGAAAAUCAUUUUUCCAGGUGUCAUCUCUACUUAGGCACCAGACAACCCAUACUGGAGAGAAACUCUAUGAAUGCAGUGAAUGUGGGAAAGGCUUCUCACUGAACUCGGCUCUCAGUGUACAUCAGAAAAUUCAUACUGGAGAGAGACACCACAAAUGCAGCGAGUGUGGGAAAGCCUUUACCCAAAAAUCGACACUCAGGAUGCAUCAGAGAAUUCAUACAGGAGAGAGAUCCUAUAUAUGUACUGCAUGUGGGCAGGCCUUCAUCCAAAAGGCACACUUGAUUGCACAUCAAAGAAUUCACACUGGAGAGAAGCCUUAUGAAUGCAGUGACUGUGAGAAAUCUUUCCCUUCUAAGUCACAACUCCAGAUGCAUACACGAAUUCAUACAGGAGAGAAACCCUAUAUAUGCACUGAGUGUGGGAAGGCCUUUACCAACAGGUCAAAUCUCAAUACUCACCAGAAAUCUCAUACUGGAGAGAAGUCUUAUAUAUGUGCUGAAUGUGGUAAAGCCUUCACCGACAGGUCAAAUUUCAAUAAGCACCAGACAAUUCAUACUGGGGAGAAACCCUAUGUUUGUGCUCAUUGUGGGAGGGCUUUUUUCCAGAAGUCAGAAUUAAUUACACAUCAGAGAAUUCAUACUACAGAGAAGCCUUAUAAAUGUCCUGACUGUGAUAAAUCCUUCUCCAAGAAACCACAUCUCAAAGUACAUCAACGAAUUCACACAGGAGAAAAACCAUAUAUAUGUGCAGAAUGUGGGAAAGCCUUCACUGACAGGUCAAAUUUCAACAAACACCAGACAAUUCAUACUGGAGAGAAACCCUAUAAAUGCAGUGACUGUGGAAAGGGCUUUACUCAGAAAUCAGUGUUGAGUAUGCAUCGCAAUAUUCAUACAUGA